GCGGCAGCAGGUGUAAUUUAGCACAGUUACGCAAAUAUAUAGUGCAAUUAAGUAGUGAUGAUGCCAUUGCAUUAAUUUUUUGAUCUAUUUUUUGAAUUAGUUAAGUUGUUGAGUGCUUCAAGACUGAGUUAUUCCUUCUUACGUCUUAAUUUGUUUUCUGGUUGACAGUAGAGUACUUGGAUAGGUCAGUGUUGUGGGUGGGAGGGAAGAGCUCGCUUCAUGACGCCCGUCCUGACAUCACUUAUACUGGGCUACUGAGAUGCGUCGCUGCGUGGAUAUGAAGCCAGAGCGGCUCGCUCGAGCCGCACCGACACUUACAGCUGUCACCGAGAUCAUGUGCGAGGCACGCUCGAGCCAAGCAAGCCGUGCUGAGUGACCACAGACUGGACAAACAUUGGGAAAUGGACUUUUAGACAACGUACUGCUUUGAAGUGCUUGGACAUAUACUGCUUUGAAGUGCUUGGGUUCUUUUUAAGGUGACUUUCUCCACUCAGGAAUGUAACAACGACACAACGAGUUUUCAGUGCGUGAAGAACAAAGACAAAGAUUUAGCAGAGAAGUAAUUUAUCAGCAUUUUGAAUUCUUCCUGAAAACUUGUGAAAAACGCCGAGGGAAAAUUGGCUCUUCGCCGCGCGCUACUGCGCGCUCUCUGGAGAUUUAUAUUUAAAGAUUAGUUCUCCGUGGAGACUCGUGCAUCUGGGUAACCUAGAUUUAAACAUUCCAACAAAUUUCGGUAAACUCUUUAAAAACUUUUUAAAUGUCAAUGUUGCAUUAAAACAUAUUAUUCCAUAUAUUUUACAUAUUAGCAAAUAAUUGUACAGUGCCGCGGAUGCUGACAUAACUCUGUUGUUAUUUUUUGCCACUCAUGUUUAUUAGUUUUUUUAUUUAAUUAAACGUCCAGAAUUUAAUAAUUUACCGAAGAAACUAGUUCAUAACAUAUCAACAAACUUAAACGAUAUAAAGACACAUCAAAGCAUCUAAUCUGAAAUUACAUUUAUUUGAAGGCUGUGGUGAAAAUGACGUUAAUAGUAAGUUUAUUGUGACUAGAGAAAUAAAUACAGGCGCAAAGAUGUGAUAGAAACGGUGGCUAACGCAAUCUUUACAGAGGUUAGCCAUGUAUUCAUUCGUUUAUACAUAAAUGGGUUUCCUUUAACGUACAUAUUUAUAUUAUUAUUAAUGUUUUCAUUAUUGUUUAUACAAUAUUUUUUGUUUUUAUUAAACUAGCAAAUAAAUCGAAUCAUUAAAAUCUCCCCAAAUUAGAAUUCCAGUUGAGAAGAGUAGUGCACGUGCACGUCAGUGGCCGCGCUCUGGCAGUCAUGGAAAGCGCGUGCUCUGCCGACGCGGGUCUGCAUGGCCAUAACACAAGCAGCUCUGUAGGCACAUCUUCACCAACAUGUAACCAGAGCUUGCUAAAACUCUCUCCAUACACUCCAGAAGCCACAGCAGCGUUUGCGACGGCCAUUACGCUCAUGAUUAUUUUCACGAUUGUUGGCAAUAUUCUGGUCAUCAUAGCUGUGUUAACUAGCCGCUCACUCAGAGGACCCCAGAAUCUGUUUUUGGUCUCUCUCGCGGCCGCGGACAUCUUAGUGGCCACGCUGAUCAUCCCAUUUUCCCUGGCCAACGAGUUGAUGGGCUACUGGUAUUUCCGCUCUGUGUGGUGUGAGAUUUACCUGGCAUUGGAUGUGUUAUUCUGCACUUCCUCAAUAGUACACCUGUGUGCCAUUAGUCUAGACCGCUACAUGUCCAUCUCGCAUGCUGUUACGUACGGUGCCCAGCGGACACACAAGCGCAUCAAAUGUGCCAUUCUGGUGGUGUGGCUGAUCUCGGCAGUAAUCUCCUUUCCGCCCCUCCUCUCUAUGAACAAGAAUCAAGGUGGGGUGGAUUCAGAUCCCCAGUGUCAGCUCAACGAUGAGCGCUGGUACAUCCUGUACUCUACAAUUGGUUCUUUCUUUGCACCCUGUCUGAUAAUGAUAUUAGUCUACAUUCGAAUCUACCAGAUCGCCAAACAGCGCACACGGUGUCCACCUGGAGAGCCCCGGAAAGAGAUCCCAGCCAACGCCGUAAAGGGUCAGCAAAACGGGACAGGAGAUGAAACAACCGCUACUACACAUAAAGCCUCCACAAUGGUCAGACCUCCCACUCUAGCUGUGUCCAAAGUGGAGACCGGUCAGCUGUGUGAAACAAAGCCUGUUAGCAACCCAGUCUCCAACAACCUCCUGCAGCCCCCUUCAUCAGCUCAGACACCGACCCCUCCGUGCCCAUCCCCCACCCCAUCCAAUUCAUCCGAUAUCGCUCCCAGUAAACCCAAAGGGAAGCGAAAGGAGAAAAAGACCAAUAAAGUACCCGACAAUAAUAACGGGGAAAGCAUGAGCUCUGACUCGGACACAGAGCAAGGCGGGCGGGGGGCAGAGGUGCCCUGCACUCCUAUCGUGACACCAACCGGCAUCCAUUCUCCUGCAACAAUACAGAAAUACAGAGACAUGAUAGCCACAGCAAAAGGCGCAAAGCUGGUGGCACGAAGAACGAGGCAGGAAGGAACGGCCAACUCCGCACGCCGCAAAGCCAUGGUGAACCGCGAGAAACGCUUCACAUUUGUAUUAGCGGUCGUGAUUGGCGUCUUCGUCGUCUGCUGGUUUCCCUUCUUCUUCUCCUACAGCCUACAGGCCGUGUGCCCAGAAACCUGCACCCUCCCAGAGCCCAUCUUUAAGUUCUUCUUCUGGAUCGGCUACUGCAACAGCUGCCUAAACCCAGUCAUCUACACCAUCUUCAACAAAGACUUUCGCAGAGCCUUCAAAAAGAUCCUCUGCAAGAACACCAAAGGCACAUUUUUCUAAACUUCCCGAGGUGGAUUGUCUGUUCGGAUAACAAACUUACAGCUAUUCAGACUACGAAACGCACAAUAACAGUGCUGUUGCAAUGUAGAUGAAGGGCUUUUGUGCAGCCCAGUUAGUCAAGGACAUGAUGCUACUCUUGUACUAAAUGACUAUUUUGUCAGGUUACCGCCUCAGGCUUUGGAUUCCAGGACUUAUUAAUGAGACUUAUCCAAAAAUAUUUACAGCAGCAGGGGAGGAUUGGGGGGGUGCUCAAAUAAAUUUAGUGAGACUAUUUCACACCUGCAAAGACAAGGCACAGUGCGUGGAGCAAAAGAUUAAGGUUUUCAUUUUUUGUUACUUUGCUUUCCAGGAAAUGCAACCUUGGGGAUAAUGCAAAUAUGGAUUUUUAAUGUAAACCCUUCAGAUUCCCUCAUAACACUUCCUAUGCUUAUGGACAUAGAGCAUUGUUUCCGAACAAAAUUUCCAAGUCAAAAAUAUUCCCAUGGAACUCCUUGCCACGGGCAAAGUGUAUGCAAUGUGUAUGCUGAUGCAAGUUUUUCCAGGCGAACAUUAAAGCAUCUUGUUACGGAUCCUCCCUAGUGCAGGACCAUAGGGGAGAUCCCCUGUCAUGCCCAUCUCUUUUCUUCCUCUGAUGCAGACAGGCUUUGUGAAUACAGAACACCUGUCAUGGAUGGGUAAAGACCUUGAUAUCUCUUUUUAAGGCUUGGACGCAAUGACUUUGCGAAAGAAGGGUCAAGAUUGGCUCCGCGUUUGAUAUAUAUAUAUAUACAAAAUGUGCAUAAAAUGUCUUUUCUAAUGUUUUGUUCUAUAAAAACAUUUAAAAUGCAUCUUCUAUAUAGACUUUAACCUCCUGAUCUGAUGGACGGGUUUGGAGGUGCCUGUUCUGACUUUGUUCAGCACUUUUCUUUGUAUAAAGGAACAAUAUUUGUUGGUAUAAACUGAUCUACCACACCCUGACCAUUUAGCAGGGUGAUACUUUGGGACUAAGGGCUGAUAGCGAUGAUGCUUUCUAUUUCUUUAGUCAUUACCUUUUUGCUAAUGAUUGUGUGUGUGUGUGUGUGUGUGUGUGUGUGUGUGUGUGUGUGUGCAAAGCAAAUACUGUGAAUAGGUAUGUGUUGUGUCUGACUGCCAUGUAUGUUUGCUGACGUAUGGUGCGUGUGAAAGGGUGUGCGUUGUUUGUGUGAAGCUUUCAUUGCUUGGAUGAUGGUGUGUGUGCUUGUAAAGUUCACACCCCUCCCCGAUUUCACAGGCACUGAUUGGACUAAAUACGGUAUGAAUGUUUGAUAAAUGUGGCUGGUAUGUCAUAUCUGCCAUCAUAUGCCAGCGCUAAUAUUUGUGCCAAUGCUCUUACAUGUUUGCUGCUAAACUCAUUUAGUAUUUUUUCAAACCGACGAUACAAAGCGUGUACUUUGCCACAGUGAGUUCGUUCCCCCCCAAAUAAUGAUAAUAGUUUUAUAAAGCUAAAAUCAUUCAGGUCCUUUUGAACGGAGUAAUGAAAGCUGUAAAUUAUUUUGGUUGCGUGGAUGAUUUUGUAUUUAUUUAUCUUUCUAUUUCCUCUUGUUUCCAUUUUUCUUUUUCCAAGGGGAAAACAGACAUUUGGGGAGUACAGUUUCAGUUAAAGGGAUAGCUCACCCAAAAAAAUCAUGUUGUUUUGUAUAAAUAUUUUUUUCUGAAGAAAUUUUGAUAAAUAAUGAUAAGCACACAGCUGGAUUGACUACCAUAGUAGGAAAAACAAAUUGUACAUGUAUGGAAUUAAAUGGGAACCAUCAACUCCGUGCUUACCAUAUUUUAUUAAAAUAUCCUCAUCAUUAUUUAUCACAAUACUUAUUUGUUUAUUCUACUAUGGAAGUCGUGGUUUUCACCAGCUGUGUGCUUAUCAUCAUUUAUCCAAAUUUCUUCUUUUGUGUUCAUCAGAAUUUUUUUUAUACAGGUCUAAAACAACAUGAAAGUGAAUAAAUGAUGACAGAAUUUACAUUUUUAGGUGAGUUAUCCCUUUAAAGCAAAUGGAUUAAAAGUCAGCACUGUACAUUUUUUUUGUUUGAUUCCUUUAUCCAUGUCAGGGCUGCAUUCUCAAAAGCUUUGCGAUUUACAGACCUCUUGCAAGUGUAUCUCUUUUGCCUCCCGGACUUCUCUUUCACCAGUGUAAUGCUUUUGGUUUUCAAACUCUCUAUAAAAUAAAACCGUUCAGCUGUG